AUGCAGUCGCAAGAAAGAACAUCCGACGACGAAGGGGAUGCUCGUGAAGGAUCUUCUCGUGAGACUUCUUCACACUCAUCGGAUUCAUCAAGUGUUGGUGAGCAACCGCCUCCACCGAAACGCUUCAGCCCGUUUCCCUCGGAACGAUCGGUUCAAAGCGAUGGCGGUGCAUUAUCGCAUUCGGCAUCAGUCAAAAAUGUUCGCGCGCUCAGUCGAAUGCCAGUCACGCAAAGUCAGACGUCGUUGGUUUCAUAUGGUGGCGCAGGUGAAGAAGAAGAUGCCGAUGAUCAGUUUGCUAAAGGUUGA